CAGGGUGGCGCUGCGGCUGCCAAACCAACGUUCACUGACAAGCGCCUGUACCGAAGAAGUGAACGACGCAGGAAGCAAACCUGCAACUCCGGUGCAGCAGAUCCAGCGUUCAUUAAAAGCAACGUGAACGUCUUGCUCUAUUUUGUUUUAGGUUGUUUUAUUUUACGGAGUACCGCUGGAUUUGCGUGUUAAAUGUGACUUUUGUUUAUGACGAGCGAGUUUCCCAGGGAGCCGCAGUGUCCGAGAGCGUAGCAUCCUUAGCUAGCCCGUUAGCUUGCCGACAUCAAAACAGGUCGCUCUAAAAGAUGAAUUUGGCCAAAAACAGAACUUUGCACCCGCACCUGCGCGACGAGGAGACCCUGCUGGUGGAAAACGCCAUCCGACUGGCGAUAGACUCUAUCAUAAACGUGCUGUACGGUGUCAGCAGCGCCAGGAGUCACGAGUACCAGCGGAUGGUGGCGGACAGGGACAAAGAGAUACAGCGGCUGGAGUGCAGGCUGAGGGAGAUAGAGCGCGAGCUGCAGGUGCUCCGCCAGCAGGGAUGCACCUGCGGGUUGUUUGGAAACGAGCACAGCCUCGCCGGGUCGCAGGCCCCCGGUGACCGGCAGAAGAGAGGGGAGAGCGGGUUUGGACCAAGCUGCGUGGACGCCGAGAUCACAGCAGGGCAGCAGGAGUGUGAAAUGAGCAUCUCCUUAGGUCUUUUUGCACGACCCCCCUCACACGUCUCCUCCCAAAGCCAUGAGUCAGCUCCUCCGUUAUCCCCCAGCAGAAUGUACCUGGACCAGACCUGCACCUCCCACUCCUCAGAGACCUCAGGUGUAUCCGAGGCAGCCAGAAAUCUGCCCGCAUCUCCCAGCAGCCUUGUAGUCAAAGAAGAGCCUUGUGAUAUCGACACGGUCUUAAUCAAGUGGGAAAUGAGUGAGGAGAGAUUCGGGGAGCAUCGGGAGAGCACGGGCAGUCCAUGUCGGGACAAAGAGAGACCCAGUGUAAAAAGAAAACAGGAGAACAGAGAGAGAAAAAAGUUCAGGGAGAAACCUCAAGCCGACCCAGGCGGAAACCAAAUCACAGAGGGAGAACACCUGAGGAACAAGAAGAAGAACGUGCCGAUGUCUGAGCUGCCGGAGGAGGCUCAGAGACUGAAGAGGGCAGCCUGGAGAGCAGCCUCCAGGCGCUACUACGCCCGAAAAAUAGCCCGCCAACAGGCAAACCCCUCGCGCUCCGGCCCCUUCCCCCACAUUUCGGCGUCGCAGUAUUCACAACCCAUCUCUUUUGCGGAUAAGAGGAAGAGGACGCUGAUAUCUGAGUUACCUGAAGAGUCUCAGACGUUGCAGAGGGAGGCGUGGAGAGCCGCGUCCAGGAGGUACUACGCUCGAAAAAUCGCCCGCCACCAGACCGACCCCACACAGUACGGACGCCUGCUCCAGGACAUAGAGCCGUCUGGAGAAACACAGGGACCUAAUAGAGCAGGAUCCCACACCAGCAGCGGAGGAAUAAUGUGCAGCUGAUAAAUAGUAAUGAUGCCUCUAGAGAUUCUGCAUAUUUAAAACUUCAUUUCAUUAUGUUAUGUAGAACACUGGACUAUGUGAAUGUUUGUAUUUUGUUGAUAGUUUUUGGUUGAUUUGUCUCAGGUCUUAUUAUAUUGUCUGACAGUUUGAACCUGGUGUUUUAACUUUAAUCUUUGAACUGUUUUUUUUUUGUUUCUUAGUCGAAUUAUGCAACCGAUCCUCCUGACAACAUGGCUCGAUUUACAUCAGUCUGGAUGUGAUUUUUCCACUGAUUGACUCGAGUCCUCUUUGGUACACUGCAUGCCCGUACAAAAUGCUGACUGCAUUAAAGAUUUUGUACAAUAUUACUCAUGUAUCAGCCACUGUGUCAAUGCAGUGCCCCUGGAGUCCAACAUCUGCAACUACAAUCAAGGCAUCUAUAAUGCUCAAAUAAUAAGCUCAACAUCUUUGUGUUAACAACAGGUGAAGAAUUAGCUUUUGUUUUGAUCUUUUUUUGGAAAAUGUUAAAUAAUAAAAACAAGAUCAUUUAAAUGAGA